AUGAUUUCUUCGUUUCGACUCUUGACACUCAGAGUUCUAGAUAAUUUUAAACCACGAAAGCGCUUUUUCUCUUUAAAUGUUCCUGUGGCAUCUGUAAAUUCAGAUCUGUUUCCAUUUUUGAUAAUGAUAAAGCAAAUAUAUGAUGAACAUAAAACAGAGAUAAAGCAAAUAUAUGAUGAACAUAAAACAGAGAUGAAGAAAUUAGAAAAGAUUAUACAAAAAUCAGAUGAGUAUAAAGAAGAGAUGAUACAAAAAUUAGGUGCAAAGGAUGAAGAGAUGAUACAAGAAUUAAAUGCAAAGGAUAUAGAACAUAAAGAAGAGUUACUUAAAUUAUUAGUGAAACAAAAGGAUGAUGAAGCCGAAUUAGUUGCACGUUCAACAGAACUAUUUAAACUUCGAGGAAUCUGUAAUAUUAGAUCAGCUUUAGAUUUUAUUCAAAGCGGAGAUCCUCUCGGGUCACGUGGAACCGAUGAUUAUUUGGUAGAGAAUUUGAAUUUUAAAGAUCUACGAUUUAAAAAAUGCCUAGAAGAGACGUGUGAAAUGAAUAAUGUUAAUGUAGAAGCCGUGAAAAAAUGUAUUGGUGGCCUAUAUCACAACUCAUCAAAAGAACUUGAUGGCUAUGGCAAAAUUGUGAUUUAUGCAAAGGAUUGGGCGGUAAAUGAGAUAAUUGCCUUGGGUCUCAUUUUCAAAUAUUUUCGUGUUCCUUUCGAAUAUUGGAAUGAGAAUGAACAA